AUGGCCAGGCAGCCGCGGAAGUUGGCUCGCGAGCUGGCCGCCACGACAUCCGCCGAAGCUGCUCUCGCCAUCUUCUGUCGCUCUGCCGCCGACUUCGACGACAUUCACGCCACGGCUUGUCUGCGGCAAGUCGCUCUCUUCUGGCCAAGAGUGCAGAAGGCAGAGGACGCGUUGCAACUCCAGGAGCUGCUCCAUCGCCUGCGCCAGCGCGCCCCAUCUUUGGAUGUCGAGGCUACAGUUAUCAAUGCGUGGUCGCUGGCCAAGUUACAGGAGGCGCAGACUGCGAUCCCCGAGGGCUUCCAGGAGGCUCUUUGCUCUGCCGUGGAGAGGCGGAGGUCGGAGUUCAGUGGCCGACAUUUGGCCACGGUCCUCUGGGCCUUUGCGAAAUCCCCGGCUGGGAGAUUGGACACAGAGACCGUGGAAGACCCUCCCAUCAAUGAGGAGACCACGGACGCCAGCUCAUCAAUCCCCAAAGUUGAAAAGAAGCGAAAGAUGAUGGAGGCGAAGAUCGGUGUAAAGCUCUGCGAGACAAAGUAUGUUGUGAAGCCCCUGCUGUGCUUGAAGCCAACAUUGAACCUUCGGUGCGCCACCGAUGUGGACACCGAGAGCACCGGGGCGAGCUCUUCUGAGGACGGGACGGUCAAGGGCCGCCUUGUCGAAGUCCCCAAGAAGAUCGGGAUGCGCAACGUGCAGCUCAUCAUGGACGAGGACAUGUUGAACCGCUACCAAGCCAAGAAGGAAGCCUGCAACUUCCUGCUGAAGUGCGAAACCUGGUUCGCCGAAUACCUUGGAAUGAAGUAUGCCCUGUCGCUUAACAGCGGCGGCAUUGCCAUCAGCCUGGGCCUUGAAGCGAUGAAGCGAGUCCUCUUCCCUGAUGACACUGUUGAACAGAUUCGCGUGUACUCCAACGCCUUCACCUUCAACGCUGUCCCCUCUGCCUGUCUGGUGGCAGGAUUCGGCAAGACGUUGAAGCUGAUUGAAGCGACAUCGGAGCUGGUGAUUGACUUGGACCACCUCGAGAAAUGCAUUCAGGACGACUUGAAGUCUGGAAAGUUCGCCCCUGGCAAGAUGAUCCUGGUUCUCUCGUACAUGCGCGGUCGCGUGCCGGACAUGCACCGGGUUUUGGCGAUCUGCGAGAAAUACCAGAUUCAGCUCUUGGAGGACUCCGCCCAUGGCUACGGCUGCUCGUUCGACGGCCGCAAGUGUGGCUCCUUCGGCGUUGUCUCGACAAUCUCGUCCCAGGCGAACAAGCUGGUCAACACCGGAGAGGGAGGCAUGGUGUUUACAAACAACGAUGAAAUCCAAGCCUUCUUCAUCUUUUCAGCGGGAAGCUAUGAAGAGCUCUGGAGAAAGCACGAGGCCAUGUCGCCCCCGGAAGAGGUCUGCCUCAAAUACAAGUACACCACUGUAAACAAGUCGGUUCGCAUGACCAACAUCCAGGGGGCCUUGAUGCACCCCCAGCUGGCCGUGAUGAACGACCGAAUCGACCAGCACAACGAGAUGUACUAUUACCUCGUGAGGACGACUUCCGAGAAACUUGAGGAAGUCUGCGGCAAAGGUGCCAGCAAGAGAAUCGAGUUCAUCGCACAGGCUCACAGCCUCGUCGGCCCAGUCUACGACUCGCUGCAAAUCCGCAUCCUCGACAGCGACUGCCGCCCUUGUGCUGAAGAGUUCUCUGGCCUCACCGGAUUCCUAAAGGAACUCCAGGGACGAAAGCACUCCAUCGCCAAGUUCUCGGACCCGGCCAACGCGCGAAACUUCAUGUCUUGGCAGUACAUCAAUGCGGAGGCCAUCCAUCCCGAUGUGCUGCCCCAGACAAGGCGCGUACUUGCCAACGUCUGCGAUCUUCGAUUGCUUUGCCAUGACACUGAGCAAGAGAUGGCAAAGAUGGCCACUGACUUGGCCGAGAGUUUCAAAAUGAAUUUCUUUUAA